AUGUUGUCUGGCCAAGGAAACAGAUAUGACAUAGGAUGGUUUUUGACUCAAACUUCUCCCCAUAUGUGGGCUGGGCUUGGUAUUGGUGCAUCACUUUCGCUUUCGGUCAUUGGAGCUGGAUGGGGAAUUUUUACAACUGGCGCCUCAAUACUUGGUGGCGGCGUAAAGGCGCCGCGCAUUCGCACCAAAAACCUGGUCUCAAUUAUAUUUUGCGAAGCUGUCGCUAUCUUUGGAAUCAUUAUGGCGUUUGUUUUCGUUGGAAAACUUGCGGACUUUAAUCGGAACGCGGCCUCUCGAGAACUACUCGCAAAGAACUUGGCUGCCGGAUAUAUGAUUUUUGGAGGCGGUUUUACCGUUGGUUUCAGCAAUUUUGUGUGUGGUUUAGCUGUCGGGAUUGUUGGAAGUGGAGCCGCAGUUGCAGAUGCAGCCAACCCAGCGCUAUUUGUUAAAAUUCUUAUAAUUGAAAUUUUUGCUUCUGCCAUAGGUCUUUUUGGGAUGAUUAUUGGAAUUGUUCAGACAAACAAAGCGUCCAUGGGUAACCAGCAGUAG